CGAGGAUGAUCGUGCCGCUAUCGAUGGCGAUGUGAAAGAUUUCCAUGCGGAAGGCCGGGGCGACGAAUUGGAGCAGCAGCACUCUUGAUCUAGAGCAUUUCUUCUCGGGAGAUACCCAGUAUCCUGCCAGUUCUCAUCGGGUGUGCUUGGCGAGGAGGAGGAGCUCCUCGAUUUCAUGGAGCUCCAAUUCGAGAGCUCCUUGCCGGGAAUCCAGCCAAGGUUUCAGGUACUGCGACGACGGGCAGCUCGUGAGGGUAGAAAAGAUUCUAGCUGCAUUGAAGGUUUGCAGCAACUCCAAGGAUCUCAAGCAGGGCAGGAUCAUUCACGCCGAUGCCACUAGCAGUGGCGAUAUCUCCGACUUCUACGUUGCAAACAGCCUCAUCAACAUGUAUGCGAAGUGUGGAAGCAUGGCCGACGCUCGCAAGGUCUUUGACGCCAUGAAAGCUCGCACCGCAGCUUCGUGGACCGCCUUGAUGUUUGGCUAUGCCGAGAACGGGCAUCCGGAGCUAGCUCUGGAGCUUUUCCAGCGGAUGAUACAGCUCGACUACGCUCCAGAUGCCAGGAGUUUGGUUGCUGCUGUCCAGGCGUGCAUCAAAAUGGCCGAGGCUGAAGAUGGCAAGAGAGUUGGAGGUAAGAGCUUGAAGCUCCAAGCACUGGAGAAGGGAAUGGCGAUUCACUAUGAAGCUGCGAAGUUGGGUGGGAUGGACACGGAUAUCUUCGUCGGGAACACGCUCGUCAACUUAUAUGCCAAGUGUGGGAGCAUGGUGGAAGCUCGCAGGAUCUUUGACAGGAUUAAGUUCCACAAUGUGGUGUCUUGGACGUCGCUGCUCAUGGGAUACGCCGAGAAUGGGGAAGGGGAGCUGGUUCUAGCGCUCUUCUCGUCGAUUCAAGAAGAACGAGGGCCCUGCGCACCGAAUGCUCGAACUUACGUCGCUGCUCUGAAAGCUUGCACGAAUCUAGCCGAGGCCGAAGAGGGACAGCAGGUUGAUGGAAGGAUUGUCAAGAUGAGGAGCCUGGAAAAGGGUCUGGCAUUGCACUCUCGAGCUGCAAAGCUCGGUUUCGUGGAGAACAUGUACCUGGCCAGCACUCUGGUGGACAUGUAUGCCAGAUGUGGGAGCUUGCUCGAUGCUCGAGAGGCGUUUGAGAGGAUGCCAAAUCGAGACGUGGUGUCUUGGAACGUUCUCAUAUUGCGGUACGUAGACAGUGGUGACGGAGAGCAGGCUUUGGAGUCGUUCGCUCGGAUGAGCGGUCGAGCAGACUCGCUCAGCUGCGUUGCUGCCUUGAAAGCUUGCACAAACUUGGCUUAUAGAGAAGAGAACAGAGAACUGGAUGGCAAGAUGGUGAAGGUGAAAAGCCUGGAGAGGGGCAUGGCAGUCUACUCGCUAGCAAGACGAAAAGGCUUCCAUACGGACAUCUUCGUAGCCAACACUACCAUCGACAUGUAUGGGAAAUGCGGGGUCACAGCUGACGCGCGCAAGGUGUUCGACAGGAUGCCGCUCCGGACUCUGGUUUCCUACAACGCUCUGAUGCUGGGAUACGCAGAAAAUCAGGAAGGGAAGCUCGGGUUAGAUCUGCUGGCAGAAAUGGAUUCAGACAGAUCACUCUUGGAAGAACCAGAUGGCCGGACUUUCGCUGCUGCUCUAAAGUCUUGCGGGAGUGAGGCAUCGCUGCAAGCUGGAAAAUAUGUCCACGCUCGUGUCUGCAGCUCCAGCCUUGAGACGGAUGCGGUUCUAGUUACAUGCUUGCUUCACGCCUACGGAAAGUGUGGGAGUUUGGUCGACGCUCAUCUGGUUUUUGACUCGGUUUCUGGGAGAGUUUUGGAAACUUGGACAGCGCUUAUGGCAGGAUACAGUCAGCUAGGAGACACGGAACAGGUAUUCGAUCUCUUUUAUAUGAUGCAAGACGAAGGCUUGCAGCCAGACGGAAUAACUUUCGUCUGUCUUCUUACAGUUUGCAGCCAUGGCGGCCUCGUGGAGACGGGAAAAAAGCUUUUCCGCGCAAUGAUAUCGAAAUACAGGAUUAAACCUUUCAUCGAGCACUACCACUGCAUGGUGGAUAUCCUGGGACGAGCCAACGAAUUGGAUGCCGCUCUAGCAUUGGUGGACGAGAUGCCUUUUAAGCCGAGUGCCGUGACAUGGAUGACGGUCCUAGGUGCCUGCGUGAAGUGGAAAAAUGUGGCGGUCGGGAGGAUCGCAUUCGAGGCCCUGCUGGAAAUCGACGAGAAGGAUGCUGCGAGCUACAUGCUUAUGGCGGCCCUUUACCGCAGCACAGGAAUGUGGAAAGAGCAGUCUGUGGUGGAAGAGAUGAGAAUCGCAGCACAGGCCUGGGCCAAGACGGGGCGUAGUUGGACGGAUCAAGCUGGAAUGGUUCAUAAGUUCGUGCCAGAUUGAAGCGAAGCAGGAAAAGACCUUGUAAACCUCUAAACGCAUGCUCAACGGCGACAGAGGUAAAUCUCAGUUUGUUUCCUUAUAUCGACCUCUUUGACUAAAAGCUUUUUUUUUUGCAGAGCAUGCAUUUGAGCAAUGAAUUGAUUUGUUACCGCCUCCCUGAUGGUUGGAGCUCCAGAGACAUUGCAAAGAGAGUGCUAGGUUCUCCAGAACCCAGCUGCCAGUUGCCAGGUAGAACCAGGCUACCAGCUGCCAAUUCUGGAGAACCCUUUCAUCCUCGAAUAACAUUUUUCCAUGUGUUUGUUAA